AUGGCUACGGCAACAUCAUCACAGGGCCCCCGAAAGACGCCCAUCCCGGCGCCCACGCCAGACAGCAAGCCCGCGCCGCGCCCAGACCUCACGCCCGAGCAGCAGGCCAAGUACGAGGCGCUGCUGGCCAAGGCAAAGGCCUUCGCCGCCGUCCAGUGCGACAAGGAGCCGGCCAAGUCGGGCCCCCUGACGGACCGCGAGCGGGCGUGGCUGACGCGCGAGUGCCUGCUGCGGUACCUGCGCGCGACCAAGUGGUCCGUCGACGACGCCGCCAAGCGGCUGCUGUCGACGCUGGCGUGGCGCCGCGAGUACGGCAUCGACGACUUCUCGCCCGAGCACAUCUCGCCCGAGCAGGAGACGGGCAAGCAGAUCAUCCUGGGCUUCGACCGCCAGGGCAGGCCGUGCCAGUACCUCAACCCGGGCCGCCAGAACACCGACAGCAGCCCCCGCCAGAUCCAGCACCUCUUCUACAUGGUCGAGCGCGUCGUCGACAUGAUGCCGCCCGGCGUCGAGAUGCUCAGCCUCAUGAUCAACUUCAAGCCCAGCAAGCAGCGCCAGAACACCAGCGUGCCCGUGUCCACGGCCAGGGAGGUGUUGCACAUCCUGCAGAACCACUACCCCGAGAGGCUGGGCAAGGCGCUCAUCAUCAAUGUGCCGUGGCUCGUCCAGGGCUUCUUCAAAAUCAUCACUCCCUUCAUUGACCCCGUCACGCGGGAGAAGCUAAAGUUCAACGAGGACAUGAAGCAGUACGUGCCCGCCGAGCAGCUGUGGAGCUCCGACUGGAACGGCGACCUGGACUUUGAGUAUGAUCACGAGACGUACUGGCCAGCCCUCAACGAGCUGUGCAAGCAGAAGCGAGAGCAGAGGUUGGCGCGCUGGGCGGCUGCCGGCAAGGCCGUGGGCGAAUCGGAGGAGUAUCUCUCCGGCGGUACAGACGUCAGCGUCACGGGUUUCACGUACACGGCCAACGACGACAAGGCCACGAGCGCGUUGGCAGAGAAGCUGGCGGAGGCAAAGCUCGAGGAGCAGGCGGCCGAGGCUCAGGCAUAA